AUGGCUCCAUGGAACACCAUUUAUCAUAAUUGUUGUGAUUUACCACCUCGUCCUGCACGAAAUCGCAUCGUGCAUACUUCACCUGAAUGGGACCACGUCGUGAUUACACAGCCGGGAAGAUCCCAGUCAAUGAUAAUGGAAGGUUAUCCUAUGGGAGGUAACAACAAUGCUUAUCCUAUUAAUUCUCGGUCUCAAAGCAACCGGCGCACUCGAGGCAGUAACACAGGCCCUUCCACCAAGGAUAGCGGCGGCAACGGCAGUGCAUCCACUGACGAGGACCGCCCACGACCUAAGGGACCCCGCCCUCACAGCAUCGAGCGCCCUCGAGGCAACAUUAAGGGCUCUUACAUCAAGGACGGCAAGACAAACAAGUUGACAGUAACGGCCCUGACGAAGCCAAAUGGCAUGGUUCUAAACCAGGAUGUGUAA